AUGGCAGGAAAAACAGAGAAAAAAGUUUACCAAGUCAUCGCUCUGAUUGUAGCUGUUUCUGUUGACCUUUCUUUAUUUUACGCAUCAGGAUUUGCGGUGUUUCACCGCCUUUUAGGUGGUUUUGCGCAUCUGUGGCUCUCUGCGGCUCUCCGAUGGUCUGCAGUAACUGUUGUCAGUUUGCUGUUUCUGGGGCACCUGAAGCCGCUGCUGAUCCGCUUUCUAACAGCCUACAGUCUGCUGCCAGCGGUGUUUGAGACCGGAACCAGGGUUCUGUACCGGGAGCAGAGCCAAUGUGGACCAGGAGCGGAUGUUCGCUGCUGGAUGAUGUUCGCUGGAGCCUCGCUGGGAGCUGCUCUGUUCUGGGAGAUCACCAUCCCGGACAGCCAGGAGGAGGCUGGGAGCAAACAGCAGAAACAGAGGUCCAGGGUUCUCUUCAUGAGGGUUGUCCGCCUCUACAGGCCUGAUUAUGCCCUGCUGUUAGGAGGAUUGGUGUUCCUGUCACUGGCAGUAAUCUGUGAAAUGUUCAUCCCAUUCUACACAGGCAGAGUCAUUGACAUCCUUGGUAGUCAUUACAAACAAAGUGAAUUCCUCACAGCUCUUCUUUUCAUGGGACUCUACUCUUUUGGAGGUUCUAUGAGUGCUGGCUGCAGAGGGGGUCUCUUGAUUUGUGCCAUCAGUUCAUUUGCACGCAGAAUCAAAGUUAAACUGUUUGAAGCUCUAACCAAACAGGAGAUUGCAUUCUUUGAAACCGUAAGGACAGGUGAAAUUACAUCAAGAUUGUCUAAAGACACAAAUCUAACAGGAAGGACCGUUUGUCUCAAUGUCAAUGUGCUGCUGAGAACAUUCCUGAAGACGAUGGGCAUGAUCUCCCUGAUGAUGAGUCUCUCUUGGAAGCUCACAUUCCUCGUACUGAUGGAAACCCCCAUAACUGGACUAAUGCAAAACAUCUAUGACACGCACUACCAGCGGUUGUCCCAGGAAAUGCAGGAUGCAAUGGCUCGUACCAAUGACUCUGCUAAUGAGGUUGUGUUCGGUAUUCGUGUUGUUCGAAGUUUCAACACAGAAAAGCACGAAGCUGAUCGCUAUGAUGAACGAUUAAAGGAAACACAGUCACUGAAGACUCGCCGGGACAUUGUUCGUUAUAUUUACCUGCUUGCACGGAGGUUGACAGGUUUGGGAAUGCAGGUGUUAAUUUUAUACUAUGGCAGACUCUUCAUCCAGAUGGGUCAGAUGACCACUGGAAACCUGGUUUCCUUCAUCAUCUACCAGUCAGACCUUGGAACCAACAUCAGGACUCUUACAUAUAUCUUCGGUGACAUGCUGAACUCGGUGAUGGCUGCUGGGAAAGUCUUUGAGUACAUAGACCGAAAGCCUCAGAUCAGCAUGGAUGGAAAAAGGAAACCAGAGCAGCUGGAAGGACGUAUCAGUUACUGUGGACUGAACUUUGCCUAUCCUUCAAACCCUGAAAAAACGGUGCUGCAGGAUUUCAGUUUGGAGUUGAAGCCAGGUCAGGUGACGGCUCUGGUUGGUCCAUCUGGAGAAGGAAAAAGCACCUGUGUGAGUCUCCUGCAGAGAUUAUAUGAGCCUCAAGAAGGAGAAAUCCUAUUGGAUGGAGAACCACUGAAAUCCUAUGACCAUCAUUUCUUCCACAGGAAGAUUGCAGUGGUGAGCCAGGAGCCCGUCCUCUUCUCUGGAUCCAUCAGAGAUAACAUCACCUACGGACUGACUAACUGCUCACAAGAGAGGAUUGAGGAAGCAGCACGGAAAGCCAACGCCCAUGACUUCAUUAAAACACUGGAGAAAGGCUACGACACAGAGGUAGGAGAGAGUGGAGGCCAGUUAUCCAAGAGUGAGAGGCAGAGGAUUGGGAUCGCUCGAGCUCUGGUCAGAGAACCGAAGAUCGUCAUUCUGGAUGAAAUAACCAGCUCCUUGGAUGCUGAGAGUGAAAACAAGGUUCUUCAGGGCCUGGCAAGCUGCCCCAACCAGACCCUGCUGGUGAUCGCUCACAGGCUGAAAACCAUUGAGAAGGCGGAUCAGAUUGUUGUGGUCAGAAGAGGUCAGGUUGAGGAGAAGGGGACUCACCAGGAGCUAAUGGAGAUGCAGGGGAGCUACCAUAAACUGAGGAAUGAGCUGUUUGACGAGGUUAACUCACCAAAGUGA